UAACUGUGAGUCCAUAUGUUUAAACAAACAAAUCCUAGUGCUACGCGUAUUUUUUCUAAUACUGACGCUUUAUUAUUUUUGGUCUUUGUAGAAAAUGUUCCAGAAGAACUGCGAGAGCCAUUUUACACAGACCAGUAUGACCAGGAGCACAUUAAACCACCUGUAGUUAACUUGCUGCUAUCUGCAGAACUCUACUGUCGUGCUGGGAGCCUUAUUCUGAAAAGUGAUGCUGCAAAACCACUUUUAGGUCAUGAUGCUGUUAUACAAGCUCUGGCACAAAAAGGCCUUUAUGUCACUGACCAAGAAAAAUUGGUGACUGAACGAGAUCUUCAGAAAAAACCCAUUCAGAUGAGUGCUCAUUUGGCUAUGAUCGAUACUCUUAUGAUGGCUUAUACUGUCGAGAUGGUCAGCGUUGAGAAAGUGAUUGCAUGCACUCAGCAGUAUUCAUCCUUUUUCCAAGCUACAGAUCUACCUUAUGACAUAGAGGAUGCUGUCAUGUUCUGGAUAAACAAGGUAAAUGAACAUUUGAAAGACAUAAUGGAACAGGAACAAAAACUUAAGGAGCAUCACAGUGCAGAAUCUGCAGGAGGUCAGAAGUCUCCUACCAAAUGGUAUUGGAAACUGGUUCCUGCCCGUUACAGAAAGGAACAAACAUUGCUCAAGCAGCUGCCCUGCAUUCCAUUGGUGGAAAAUUUGCUGAAAGAUGGUACAGAUGGUUGUGCUUUAGCAGCCCUGAUCCACUUCUACUGUCCAGAUAUUGUUAAACUUGAGGAUAUUUGUUUGAAAGAGACAAUGUCUUUGGCUGACAGCCUGUAUAACCUACAGCUGAUUCAAGAAUUUUGUCAGGAAUACCUUAACCAGUGUUGCCAUUUCAGUCUUGAAGAUAUGCUCUAUGCAGCUUCUUCAGUAAAGGUAAAAAAAAUAAAAAUAAAAAAUUUAACACUUAAAAAAUGUAAGCAGUGUCCAUGGGGCUGUUUUGUCUAGUAGUAUAAUCAAGCCUUUUGAUCUGCUGCUGUAUGGCUGAGUUGAAGAGCAUAUUGCAUCUUUUGAGGUACAACAAGCAAUAGAUUUCAGCAGGAUGUAAAACUUCUUUCUU